AUGAUUUCAUAGCAACAUGUUCUGUUAAGUGAUGUUUGUUAGAUGGGAUUACUAAUUUACAUUAAUUAAGGUAUUCAUUUUCUGCUUAAUAUAGCUACUUCAUUUUUAAACUUCUGGCUUUCAAGUAUGAUUUAUGCAAGUGGUAUUAUCAUCUCGCUUUUAUGCUAUUUUUUAAAAAAGGAUACAUGGAAUUAAAGAUUCGAAGUAAUAGGCAUAUUUUUAAAGAUCAUCUCAUUAUGGAUAGCAUAAUAAUACAAUUUCGAAUUCAUGUUUUGUUCAUUAAUUUAAAGCUAAAUGUUUUUCUUAUCAAUUGACUUAAUAAAACAACGAAAUUAGCCAAUAAUGAUUGUGUUUUAAAUGGCCAUUAAUUUAUUUUAAAUAAGAGGAGUCAUAAAAGACAUUUCAAUAACAAUGAUAAAUUUAUUCUAAGUUAUUAUUUUUAUUGUAUGGAUCUACAGAGUGAAGAAACACAAUAAUACUAUUUAGUAGACUCUAAAACAAUAAGAGAGGAAUGUUAUAAUUGAAAUUGAUGAUUUUAGAGAUGGUUUAAAAUAACAAUAGAAAUUUGUUUAAACAUCUUCAACGAAAAGAAUGAUUUUAUCUUAAAACUCCUUAAUCUUUAAUUAAGAAUUCGAAUUGAUAGAUUCUAAUAUAGAAUUUGAGGAGUUAGUAAAUCAUAAAAGUUAAAGUGAUUAGGCAAUUUAAAUAAUGUUAAGUUUGAGAUUAAAUUAUAUUUUCGAAAAAGAAUCCAAGUCUUGCGAAGUAAAAUAAUUAAUGGAACAAUUAUCAAUAGAUUAAAAGAUUUUAGGAACAAUUGAAAAAAAUGAUUAUAUAAAAUAUGAGAAUUAUGUAUUGCUACUCAGUUGUUUGUUAUGCGAAGAUAUCAGAUGUUAUCAAAUUGAAAUAGUAUAGAUUCCAUAAAAACAUAAAAAAGUUGAUCUAGAGGAAUCAAUAGAAAUAGAUAUGUGUAGAUCAUUAUCUCAUGAAUUAGGAACUAAUUUAAAUAGUAUUAUUACAUUUACAGCCAUGGCUUUAGAUGAUAUAAAAAUAGAUGAUUACACAAAAUUAAAAUAUUUGGAUCCAAUAUGGAUUAAUUGUGAGUAAUUAAGUCUCAUAGUUGGUUCAAUAAGAGAUUAUAAUUUAAUUAAUUUGUAGCAAUUUUCGUUAAAAUUAGAAGAAUUAGAUAUAGAAUAGGAGAUUAAAUUUAUGGUAUCUUUAUUUUAAGAUAGUAUUGAAAGUAAGUAAAUAAAAGUAGAUUAUAAAUUUGAUUUCGAAUGUUAUUCAUUUAUUGGAGAUAAAACAAGAUUUCGUUAAGUAUUAUUUUAAUUGUUAUAAAAUGCAAUAAAAUAUUCAUUUCAAUCAUCGAUUAUGAUAGCAAUAACAAAUGAUAGUUUUGAUUGCAAAGUGUUAAUUAUAGAUGAUGGUGUUGGGAUGGUAAAUAAUUGAUAAAUACUUUAGACUGAAGAGGAAGCAUAGAAUUUAAAUUCAUUAUUAAAAUCGAAUAAAUUUCUUAGAGUAUCUGAAUAAUCAGUAGGGAUAGGAUUAGGUUUAGGAAUAUCAAAUUAAUUAGUAAAGUAAAUGGGAAAUUAAGAUAAUUAAAUAGAAGUAAAAAGAAUGUCUAAAGGUUGUUAAUUUAAAUUUGCUAUAAAAAAUCAUUUUAAUGAAUUAACAAAAGAAUUUACUCGUAAAAAAUCAAGUCGAUUAACAAAUAAAAGUAGUUAAUAAACAAUUAGAUUUAUUUCUGCAAAUUCAUAUUAUGAAGAUUAAAUAAAGGAAUAAUCUCAUUCUAGAAAUGGAUAGAGAGGAAGUAUUGUUCAAACUAAUUCAAAGAUAUAUAAAUUUCCAUCAACAAAAUAAAUUAGUUUUAGUUAUGAUUUAAGAAGUUAAAAAGAAGAGAGUAGUAUUUAUUCAAUUCAUCCUCCAAUUUUAAGUCCUAAAUUUUAAUAAUCAAUAAUUCAAUGUAGUUUAAAAAGUGAUUGUUGUUCAAGAGUAUUAAUAGUUGAUGAUGAAUAUUUCAAUAUUCAAUGUUUAAAAUUAUUGAUGUCAAAAUAUCAAUCAAAAUGUGAUGGUGCUUAUAAUGGAAGUGAAGCUAUAAAUUAAGUUUUAGAUAAGAAAAAUAAACCUUGUUAAAUUUGUGGGAAUAAAUUCUUUAGUCUAAUAUUUUUAGAUAUUAAUAUGCCUAUAAUGGAUGGAUUUAAUACAGUAAAAGAAUUGAAAAGAAUGAUGAAUGAAUAAAUAAUAAAUAAAGCAUAUUGUAUUGCAAAUACAGGAUUUUGUGAUUUAGAUACAAAACUAAAGAGUUAUGAAUCUGGAAUGGAUUAUUAUUUAACUAAACCUUUAGAUUAAAAUGAAUUGAAUUAAAUAUUAAAUGAUAUAUUUCCUAUGAUUGAUUGCUGA